CAGCAGGGCAGUGCGUGAGGGUAGUGUGGGCAUUAAUGUUUACACAUAGAGCUCCAGGCUGGUCACUGUCUAAUGAGGCAGAUUCCUGGGUAGUGUUACUGGCUCUUUUAUUACUUUAUUUACUAUGACUUUUUAUUUAUUUUUUUAUCAUUAUUAAUUAGGAAGUACUAAUUAAAUUAUAUUUGUAAACACGUGUUUAUAAAAUAAAGUCAAAAUUAAAGGACAACUGUCAGCUGAAAACUAUUUUUUAAUAUAGUUCUUUCAUCAAGUUUUUCAAAAGAAAUAGGUGUUUUUUUUUUUGUUUUUUUUUAAAAUGAAGUAUUUUAGUUAAAAAGAUUUAACUCAUCCCUACCUUCAGUAUAUGACGGGGUCCUUCAGCCAUAUACAUACACCUUGGGUCAGACAGUGUUUCAAAACUGACGGUUUCUGUAGUCUUAAAGGGGCACUCCCUAAAGCAUUUAAACUUGCCUGCCGAAAAGCUUUGUGUGUGUGAAGAGUGUGUCUUUUUCAUUUUGCAAAAAGUGCAGAUUUCAAUAGAAAUUGACACUUUUCUAAAUUAUAUGUGUUACACCGCCUUUGGCUUUCAGGUAGACUACGGUUACUGUUACUUUCUGGUUUGGUUAGUUCAGUGGAGCUAAAAUCAAGUGGCAUCAAUUGCCCAGAAAACUUGCCUUGCAAAGACUUCUCAUUGGGGAGUCUGUUAAUGGACAGCCACAGAAAGCCUGGGUGGGUUAGAAGGGACAAACUAGCAGACAAGAGAAAUGCAGGUUUUGCAAGAGAUUUUUAGAUAUAUCCCCAAUGGAAAAAUGCACAAUUAAAUGCAUUACGUUUUCAUUGGGGGUAUAUAUACUAAACAGUGAUUUUAUAUUUGGGCAGUGGAGUGUCCCUUUGCUUCUUUUCAGAGAGUGAAGCAGGGAAAAAUAUGGAAACUUACGGGUUACUCCCUAAAAUGAGAAUUGCAGAGAUUUGAAUGUAAACUUCAAAUUGAAGGCCAAAAAAGCCAAACUGGAAGCAAAUUUUUCUUGUUCAGCUAUUUUGACCUCUCAUUUGAAAUUCACUUUGCAUUCCCUGCAAUUCUCACUUGAAGGGAUACUAUAGUGUUAGGAAUACAUAUCUGUAUUCCUAACACUGAAGUUCCUUCCGCCUCCCCAGCCAAUAAAGAGUUAAAAAUCCUUUAUUUACUUACCUGUUUCGGUGCACUGCCUCCUGCAAAAUCAUCUUAGUGCGUUAGGCCCUCCCUUUAGAAAAGCAUUGAAACAAUGCUUUCCUAUGGGAAGUUGACUGACGCUGGAUGUCCUCAUGCAGAGCGCGAUGACGUCCAGCAUCAGUUAGGUGACUUAAAAGUCGUCUAACAAGCAGGAAGUGCUUGUCGUGACUGUUUUAGUGCUACAAUAUAAACAUUGCAGUUUCUCUAAAACUGAAAUGUUUUACAUUGAAGGACUAAGUGUGACAGGGACACUGCACCCAGGCCACUUCAAUGAACGGAAGUGGUCUGGGUGCCUAUAGUGUCCCUUUAAGUGAAUAACUGUGUUACUCUCAGUCUUUAAAACUGUCUGAAACAAGGUGCAUGUAUAUGGCUGAAGGAUCCUGUUGUAUACUAAAGGUAGGACUAUUUCUAAUUUGUUUUUGCAUAUACUAAAAAUAAAUAUACAGUGGAACCUCGGAACUCAAACUUAAUCCGUUCCCGAAGAAUUAAUGUAAAAUUGAUUAAUCUGUUUCAGACCCCCAAAACUACAGCAUUUUACACUUAUAUGUAUGCAUUAAAAUGCAGAGAUCACUCUAAUAAUAAGCACCUUACAUGUAUUUGAGUAGUUCCUGCCCUUCAACUUGCUAAAAACUUACUGUUGGUCAUUAUUACAAUUAUUUAUAAUAAUUGUCUGACUUGAAAAUGAGACAUGACUCUUUGUUGUAUGUUCGGGUACCAAGACAAUUUUUACUCAAAUUUCUUUUGUUCGACUUACGAAUUGUUCGAGAACGGGACCAUUCGAGCUCCGAGGUUCCACUGUAUCUAUUUUCUUUACAAAUUUGACGAAAGGAUUCUUAUAUUAAAAAUAGUUUUGAGGUAACAGUUUCCUUUAAAGGAGCACUCAAAGCACCAUAACAACUACACUGUGCUGUACCCAUCGUAUUAGUAGUCAUUUGUCUAACAGCAGAAAGCUCUCUACUUGAGGUAAGCGCAGCGGUACAGGGCUUGGUUGGCUGGUAGUAUUCAGCUGAAGCUCUCAAUCAGUGAGCUGGCCAUGCAUCUCAAACUCUGCCCUCCCAGAUGGUAUACUACAAUGUUUUUAUUUACUAGACAUCUAUUGCAUUCAAAGAAUGGCUGUAAGCCGUCAACAUGGGGGCCAGAGUUUGAGAUCCCUGUUUUAAAGGGACAGAGCAGAGAGGGUUUACCACUCAUUUUAAUGCAUUGCAGAGAUCAUGCAUUUAGAAAUGUCUAAGGUAAAUAUGCUGCUAUGCAGCAUUAUAGAUUUAAUCCAACCAUCAUAACCAAUACAACCCACUGUAGUGAUUAUGUUGUGCAGAGUACCCUGGCCCCAUUUCCCAGUAAUGGGGCAAACCGUUUUCCAACAGGAUCAGCAUAUAUUCCUGACACUAUAGUAUAUUUGUGGCUGUUUAGGCCUCCCUUAGAUUGCUCUGAAAAGGUGAUCUUGCUCACCUUUUUCCCAUGCUGCACAAGUGCGCAUCAAUCUUAAUGAUCUCAGCUGAUUCAAUGCUUUCCCAUAAGAAAGCAUUGGGCAUCUAUUACACAUGAAAAGGCAGCUUUUUACACUGAAAUGCCUGCAGGGACAUGCUAUAGACACCAGAAUCACUACAUUAAUCUGUAGUUGUUCUAUACUAUAGUGUCCCUUUAAAUUUCCAAAUUCUAAUCGCAUGGUUUCUUACAACCAAUGUCAUUUUUUUCUCUCUCCACUUUGUCCCCCCUCCCAUUGCUUUCUCCCUAGUUUGUUUUUUCUUUUUUCUUCCACCUUCUGCUGAUUUUUUUUAUUAUGUUAUGUUAUUCCUUUCUUCUUAAGAUAUGUUAAAGGACCACUAUAGGUACCCAGACCACUUCAGCUUAAUGAAGUGGUCUGGGUGACAGGUCCAACUAGGAUUAACCCUUUUUUCAAUAAACAUAGCAGUUUCAGAGAAACCGCUAUGUUUAUAAUAGGGUUAAUCCAGCCUCUAGUGGCUGUCUCAUUGUCAGCCGCUAGAGGCGCUUCCGCGCUUCUCACUGUGAAAAUCACAGUGAGAAGACGCCAGCGUCCAUAGGAAAGCAUUGAGAAUGCUUUCCUAUGAACUGGCUGAAUGCGCGCGCGGUUCCUGCCUGGCAUGCGCAUUCAGCCGAUGACGAUGAGAAGGAGGAGGAGAGUCCCCCGCCUGGCGCUGGAAAAAGAGGUAAAUUUAACCCCUUCCACCCCGUAGAGCCCGGCGGGAGGGGGGCCCUGAGGGUGGGGGACCUAGAGACCCUAUAGAGCCAGGAAAACGAGUAUGUUUUCCUGGCAUUAUAGUGGUCCUUUGAGGUUUUGGACAGAUAAUACUGGGACUGGGCUUUUGGUGCAAGGAAUCAAACUACUCAAAAAUGGAUUGUCAGAAAACAGAGGGGUUGCCCCAAAAGAAGUCUUGUGCUGUAGUGAUUACAAUACACUGUAGUGGUUAUGGUGCUUGAAUUGCCCCUUUAAGAUGUUGAUGUACAGUUAGAGGGUAGACUAUCAGCUGUCUGAAAGGGAGAUAUAACAUUUCAUAGUUAAUCAUAUCUGAACAUAUGGUGAUUUGUUGCAGAUUCGGAAUCAUAAUGGAAGAAGAAAGUAUAUGUAAAGAGAUUUCCAAUGUGCUUCAACUAAAUGUGGGAGGCUGUAUUUUCACCGCCAGACGGGAAUCUCUCUGUCGCUUCAAAGAUUCAAUGCUGGCUUCAAUGUUUAGUGGUCGAUUUCCUCUAAAACUUGAUGAGUCUGGUAAGUAUUUCUUUCUCCUAUGUAGUAUCCAUAAUAACUACCAGAAGCAUAAUUCAAACAUUCAACUAAUUACACACCACAUAUUCAUCAAUUACCCCUGGGAAUAAGAUUCUCUUUUCUAUUUUAGAAAAGCAGAUCAUUGCCAAGAAUGUAUUAAGUUUUAAAUUAUUAAAUUAAAUUAAAUUAAUGGCUAUUAUUUGUUUAAUUAAACAUUGACUGCAGUGUAUGUUUUGUAGUGCUGUAGAGUUGGAGGUGGAAGCAAUUUUGAAUUACUGCAGUCUGUAAAAAAUGUACCAACUCCGACUAAAUCUAAGUUGAACCAAUGUAUAAGUCAACCUCAAAAAAUGAGAGGUGUAAUAUAGGUUUAAGCCUAUAUUAGGACUAUAUUUAGGCCUGUAUGAGGACUUAUAUUAGGAUUUUGACCUAGGCUAAGCAACAGAAUCGGAAGUCCUAUUUCAUGUAUAAUUAAAACUGUUGUUUUAUUUACUAUAUCCUGUGAUGAGAUUAUUUUAAACGUAAACAAACAAAACAGCAUGUAGUUUACUUUUGUUGCCAAUAGGUGGCAUCUGCGGAUCUCUCCAGCUAGUCAACUGUGUUUACAUAUACUGCAAGUGGUAACAUCUUUUAUUUCUCAAACAAUGGGUGUGUAAAAUGUACAUAAGGACUUCUAAGCAUACUCAAUCAAGUGAUAACCGUGAUGGUAAGCACUACAGAAAUUCUGUUUCUCUAGAAAAGUUAUAAAAGAGGUUGGAAGUGAUAAAUAGGCAUGAGAAGGGUGAAAGCAUUGUCUGUAUCAAUAAAUAAUUAGGUUGAGGCCUUAUUUUCGACUUGGCCAUGUAUUAACAGUUUUAUGUUCAACAUAUUAUCCGACCUCUAGUUUUACAUGUCAGCAUAUACAGUAAAUUGUAAUACAGUAACUAUAUUUCUCUUUAGAUAAGUUAUCAAGUCAUACCUCCCAACUCAGGAUUCCUGAGAAUUGGGACGCGGGAGAGGGGGAGGUAAAGAGGGUGGGCCAGUGAUGCAGUUAAUGGCAGGUCAGCCUGAUGUUAAAUUGAGGCCUAAAUUAGGGAAGUGCAUAAAAAAAUUGUUCAUGCAUCCCAGCAUGCUGUCCAUUGUAUCUAAAGUAAAACUUCAGACAUACUGUUCUCAUGUAUCAUAAUCAUGGUUACUGGAAACUGACCUUUAUUAGAUUUCUUUAACCCCUUAAGGACACAUGACGUGUGACAUGUCAUGAUUCCCUUUUAUUCCAGAAGUUUGGUCCUUAAGGGGUUAAAGAGACCCUAUUUGGACUAAAUUAAAUAUUAGGUGAUACUCUCAACCAGUGAAUUCCUGUCCAAAUGUGGACAAGAUUGAUAAAUCUAAGACAGAAGUGGUAUUUCCACUUUAGUAAGAACCCAAGGCACCAAGGUAUCUGUUAAACCAUUUGAAAAUGUUAGAUUGUUAACAGUGAGGCAGCACCAGGGACUCCUGCUACAAUAACCUCUAUAUCCCUCUGUCGAUAUUAUGGUGUUUAGAGUGCCCCAUUAACAACUGUAGCAUGUCUUUUCACACCACAGUUGACUAAGCAAAGUCACUUCUUGUCUUACUAUCAUAAAAACUUUACCUUUUACUUUGCAAUUAGUUUACCCUUUACCUAGUGUGAUAAAACAUUUUGGCCAAUACAGUGAUUUAUAUAAAUAGGCACAUUUCUUGUGAGCUUCAUUUGGUAAAGGUCAGUGAUUUAUUUUAAUCCAACAUAUAUUGGGAGACUCACAGGAGUAAGCAUAGGACAAAUAUGAACCACCUUACACAUUUCUUGCCCUACAGCAAUUCCUUAAAGAACAACUGUCUGCUAUAAAGCAUUGAAGUUGUACUCCUUGAAUAUAUUACGGUGCACAGAGGUCUCCUGUAUCUGUAUAACUUGUAAACAUUGUAGGAGGAUUUUUUGGAGAAUGUUAUACUUUCAUCUCUGUCCAUACAAUAUAUUUUUAAGAGGUGCACACACCACGUACCUACCUCCAUUCACAAAUUGUGAACGGGGUUGUCAGUAAACUGUUAGCUUAUUCGGCAGUUCUGUGUAUUUAUUUAGAGUUAUUGCUGCUGCUUACUCAUAAACCAUGACAUUUUUUUGACAUUAAUCUUUUUUGUACUCCUAGGUGCUUGCCUUAUUGAUCGAGAUGGGAUGCUUUUUAAAUACAUUCUAGAUUACCUUCACGGGGAAGUAAGGAUUCCAAAAGAUGAGCAAACGCGAAUUGCUCUGCAUGAGGAGGCUGAUUACUUUGGAAUUCCAUACCCUUACAAUUUGACUGAUCACUUGGCAAACGAGAUGGAGACAUAUUCUUUAAAUACAAAUAUAGAACUUAAAAAGGUCCUGGAAAUAUCUUGCUUUUCUUCACCUUGUAUACUACAUAUAUUGUACUGUGUUUUAUCAAGGCUCACAUUCUCAACUUUUAAACUACUAGCCAGGCCCAAACGUUACUUGCCAUUGCAUAUCUCCUCCAAUGCAAUGGUUGGGAAUGGAUAGGGUAGCAGCAUGGUCAGCUAUAUUGUGUCUAAAUGAUUCAUUCAACAUUUGACAAUCCUUAACGUGUGGGGAUUCUGUGGACAUAGUGUGCAGUCUUUACCAGUAUCCUAGGAAAGUGAAAAUAUAUAAAAAAUUUAAAUAACUAUCUAUAUAAUGGCAAUACAUCUUGCUAGGAUAAUAUGUUGAGAUUGUGUAGUACAUGAUUGAGAAGUGAAUCACAGUGAUGUUUUGGGGGGCAAUAUAUUCCACUUGCCCGCUCGAUCCUGUCCCAUCUCACCUCAUCAGAUCUCUCUCCCCUUGUCUUGUGCCUACCCUAACACACAUCUUUAACUGCUCUCUCUCUUCUGGCACUGUUCCUGCUGACCUUAAACAUGCCACUGUAAUACCUAUCCUGAAAAAACCAUCUCUUGACCCAUCCUCCCCUUCUAACUAUCGUCCCAUAUCCCUGCUCCCUUUCUCAUCAAAGCUUUUGGAAAGGCUUGUCUUUACCCGUGUGUCCCGCUUCCUUAAUUCCAACUCUCUCCUUGACCCUCUUCAGUCUGGCUUCCGCCCUCUCCACUCUACUGAGACUGCUCUUAUCAAAGUGACUAAUGACCUAAUCUCCGCUAAAUCCAAAGGUCAUUACUCCAUAUUAAUUCUCCUUGACCUCUCUGCUGCCUUUGACACCAUUGAUCAUGCUCUCCUCCUUCAAACUCUUCAAUCGCUCGGUCUCUGUGACUCGGUCCUCUCUUGGUUUUCCUCCUAUCUCUCCCAACGCUCAUUCAGUGUCUCCUUUUCCAAGGAUACCUCCUCCACUCGUCCUGUCUCGGUUGGAGUUCCCCAAGGGUCUGUCCUUGGUCCCCUUCUAUUUUCUCUUUAUACCGCCUCUCUUGGUAAACUGAUUGCCUCUUUUGGAUUCCACUACCACCUGUACGCUGAUGACACUCAGAUAUACCUCUCCUCCCCGGACCUCUCCCCUGCUGUCCUGCAACGUGUCACUGCUUGCCUUUCUUCCAUCUCUGACUGGAUGUCUUCACGCUUUCUGAAACUUAACCUCUCUAAAACUGAACUCCUUGUCUUUCCUCCUCCUAAUACUGAUCCUCCUCUCUCGCUCUCCCUUCAAGUCAGUGAUAUCCACAUAAGUCCAUCCCUGCAAGCGCGCUGUCUUGGCGUCAUACUUGACUCUGGUCUCACCUUUGAGUCUCACAUCCAGUUUGUUGCCAAGUCCUGUAGGUUCCAACUCAAAAACAUAGCCCGCAUUCGCCCCUUUCUUACGCAAGAUGCUACCAAGGAGCUUGUCCAUGCUCUAGUAAUUUCCCGCAUGGAUUACUGUAACCCUCUCCUGAUUGGUCUCCCCAAAAGCCGUAUUGCCCCGCUACAGUCUGUAAUGAAUGCUGCAGCUAGACUGAUUUUCCUCUCUAGUCGGUCCUCUCACACCUCACCCCUCUGCCGGUCCUUACAUUGGCUCCCUGUAUGCUAUAGGAGUCAAUUCAAAGUGCUAACCCAUACAUUUAAAGCACUGAACAGUUCUAGCCCCGCUUAUAUCUCUUCACUGAUCCAUAAAUAUGCCCCUCCACGUACCCUCCGCUCUGCCCGUGACCACCUCCUGACCGCUGCUCGCACCCGUACGGCCAACUCGCGCUUGCAGGACCUCUCGCGGGCGGCUCCUCUCCUAUGGAAUAGCUUGCCUACUGCCAUCAGACUCUCCCCUAGUCUUCAAUCAUUUAAGAAGGGCCUUAAAACCCAUCUCUUCAGGAAAGCUUAUGGCCUCCCAGAGUAAUCUCUACCUUACAUACCUGCCUCCUGCUCUCUCCUAUGGGACAGUGCUUUGCUCUCUCCUCCAGCUCUGCUCCACUCCUACUUGAUAUUUAUUGUCCUAAUGUUUCAAACACCCCACCUCCAAUAGUCUGUAAGCUCGUUUGAGCAGGGUCCUCUUCAACCUAUUGUUCCUGUAAGUUUUCUUGUAAUUGUCCUAUUUAUUGUUACACCCCCCCUCUCAAAAUAUUGUAAAGCGCUACGGAAUCCGUUGGCGCUAUAUAAAUGGCAAUAAUAAUAAUAAUAAUAAUUAAUGUCACUGUCAUUAAUUAUCUUUUUCUAGAUGACCUGUGCAUCUAAGAGAAUGGAGGAACUUAUUCUUAUCCCCCCAUAAAUCUGUCACUUUAUCUGAGAAGCAUGCAGGCUGAUUGUUACAGCCUUUGAAUAACUCCCUGUGCUUUCCAGCAUCUAUGUCUGUGUUAGAUUAAGUUUAUUAUGGUGACAUUAAAAGAAAAAGCCAAAAGGUGAAAUAUAUUUUAUUUUGAAUACAUUUUGUGACAAAGAAUACUGUCUUAUUUUGUCUAAUACAGUGUUAUUUUUUGCCUAGGUUUUAAUUGAUUUCUGUGAUACCUAUGGCUUCAUAUGUACAAAACCUUCAGUGUGGGUGUUAAAUUACUUACAUACAAGUGGCUCCAGCUGUCAGAGUAAAGUGAUUGGAGUUUACGCAACCAAGAAGGAUGCACAAAUGGCGACCGAGAAACAAUUAGGAGAACGAAUUAAUCAUAAAAAUAUGUACAAAAGGUAAGCAUUUUUAAUUGAAUGUUUUGUUGGAAGAGUGUAUGCUAAAAUGACAGUAAAGGAAAAAAGACAUUUAGUGGAGGUUUUUUUCCCUUUCUAUUGGUAACUGUUUGGCAGUCGACCAUCUGCUCUAAUGUUAACUCUCAUACACAAUUUUGUGACCAUAAUGUCAAGCCCCUUAUGGUUAACCUUUUUUUUAGUGCCAAAGGUAUUUCCACAGCUUUGACAGUUAAAGGUUUCACUAUAAUAGACUGAAUUUUAUUAACAGGAAAUUGAAAAAAAAUUGAUUAAUGUAAUAUUCACCUCAACCAAAACAAUCUGCAAUUAUUUUCUAUACACAAUAGUAGUAUACAGUGUGUUAAUAUGUACAGACAUCCACUGUAUAUCACAAACGGGUGGCUACCAGGCAAUCUUGGCCUUGUAUUUGUUUUAUAACAGCCAAGUGGAAUGAUCCCUUGAUUAGAUCUAAAAGGUUUAAACUGUUUUUACAGGCUUUCAAGGGGCAUUAAUGGAGUAUGGUCACUUCAGAUGUAAAGGCAUAUUUUAUUAGCUUACCAAAAGCUAAUCAUUUUGCUCUUUGAAAAAAAAAAACAAAAACGCAUUUUUAAAAACUCUUUCCAUUUACAUCAUAUGCCAUGCUUUGUUGGUACACAUUGCCAUCCAGUGAAAAUAUUUUUCUUCUUUUUUCUGUAUGUUACUUGUAUAAAUUCAGAAGGGACUUGCAUAGCUUCGGUUAUGGGGUGGGCACUCAAGCCAAUAAACUAGAUUGUGGUUAAGGAUGUUGUCUCUUCAUUAGUGACCCAGGCAGCCUGAAGCAUUAAGAUGUCCUGCAAAAAAUACAAUGGCAUUAAAGUGAAAAAUAUAUAAUGUUUUAUCUUCCUUCCAAAUGAAAUCUAUUUUCAAUCUAUAGCUAUAUUAAGGGAGCACACUGAGUACAAUAACCACUACAGACUGAAGUGAUUAUAGUGCUAGAAAUCUGAAGGCACCGUUUCCUGGUUCUAUGUCAAACCUUGUUCUAGUAGCUUCACACAAACCGAGAGUCCCACAUAGCUAUAGCUCACUCAUCCACUAAACAGCAACUUCAAAGCUCACAGAUUAUAUUAGUAUUUUUUAAAAACACCUAACCUAGGUAAAAAUAAUGGGGGUUUAGUUACAGUAUAUGAUCAUACAUUGCAUAAACCUGCCACAGUGAGUAAAUGCGCUGGAUCUUGUGUAUUGUAUGAAUUAGCCCCAGCAGCACCCCAUUUAUGCAUGUUCAUGUCAGUGCAGCACCCUGCUUUCAUAUAUAUAUUUGGGAAUCUAGGUCAACUCCUUGGUUUUGCAUCCCUCCCUGUCACAGGUGCCUCAUACCAUGGCUCUAUUUAACCUUGUCAGUAUGUAUGUCUGUGUGUGUGUCAGUAUGUGUGUAUCUCUGUGUCUGUGCCAGUAUAUCUGUGUGUGUGUAUCUGUGUGUUUGUGUGUGGGUAUUUGUGUGUGUCUCAGUGUAUGUAUCUGUGUUUCUUUUUGUGUCAAUGUGUAUUUGUGUGUCAGUGUGUGCAUUUGUGUAUGUUUCUGUGUGUGUGUAUUCUGUGUCAAUGUGUAUCUGAGCAUCUGUGUGUGCAUCAGUGUGUAACGUGUCUGUAUCUAAGUGUCUGUGUGUAUCGUUGUCAGUGGUAUGUGUCUGUGUAACAUGUGUCAGUAAUUAAGUGUCAGUGUGUGUAUCUGUGUGUCAGUGGUACGUGUCUGUGUAUGUAUGUGUAUCAGUGUGUGGAAGUGUAUACACUACAUACAAAUGCAUACCUGCAUUCAAACACCAACAUUCACACACAUACUCCAUACAAAAACAUGCUUACAAUCAAACACACAUUGUAUAUAUAUAUAUAAUUAUAUAUAUAUUGUAUAUAUAUAUAUAAUUAUUUCUAUACACACUACACGUGCACGAACACACACUGCGCCCAUUUUAUACACACCGCAUUAUUGUGGGCAGAUUUGAAGGUGAACCCUGAGUACUGACUUGGAGGCAGGCCCCCGGGGGCCCAGACCUUGAGCUGUAUUAGGGGCCCCAAAAUGUCUGAUGGCAGCCCUGCACAUGCCCAUCGGGUGGCCACUGUGUGCAGCCGCAUGGUGAUAUUGCUGCCACUGGUGCCCAUUACCACUACAAUGUGCACAUGUCAAUUACUUGUAGUGGUUAUGAUGAUUAGAGUGUCCCUUACAUUUUCCUGAAAAGCAAUGUGAGCAAAUGUAACAAAAUUGACAUUAUGUUCCUUUUUUUUAAUGUGUUUUUCUGCCAGGGAAGCUGGUGGUAACAUACAAUAUAUUCUGAGCUACUAUAGUGUGUCUGAGCUGAAAAACAUGAUGGAUGCUUUUGAGACAUGGAAGGGAAGAGGUAAGCAAAAUCCUUUGAACUUACCAUAGCUAUUUGGCUUCUACUACUGUUUUGUAUAAACCCUUUUACAGGGUAAUUCACUAAGGUCCACAAGGCACUCUACUGAAUGGGGCAAAGCCAUCCGGCUGCAUAUGGUGCUAUUUAGACUGCAAAAUUCAGACAUUGAUGAAAUUCAUUAAUAUCCGGAUUUUGUAAAUCAGGCCCCAAACGACUAUGAAUUUGGUCUGAAUUUCAGCUGAACCAAAAGCUGCAAGACGACUGAAAUCUGGGAAGAAUAAAUUCAAUCUGAUAAAAAAAAAAAAAAUAAUCUGAAUUAUUUGCCCACUGGCAGUGCUAGCAGCCACUAGGCAAAUAGUGAAAAACCAUAAGCACUACAAGGUUUAAUUAUUUGGCAACUGGCCAGCGCUUGCUUACUGCCUGCCACAUUAAGCAAGUAAAAAUACAUAAAAAUCAUAUGGUGUGGUCAAUAGGUCCCCCUAUAUUACCAUAAUCGGGCUUAAUGUAGCUGUAGUCCCCUCUCCUGGCCCCACCCAUACUGGCUGGUGGGUGUCCUAAUACGUAUGACAAUGGGAGGACCUAUUGUCCCUUUCUUUGGUCCACACCAAUGCUGGUGGGUGGGGACUCUGAUAUAAAGGAAAAUUUGCUUCAUACUUACCGUAAUUUUCUUUUUCUGAUCAUUAUUCAUGGCAGCAUUUACUCAUGGGUUAGCUCCUCCCCUCACAGCAGAAAGGACAGGAAAUAGAACUCUGAAACUGGUAUAAAUAGAUCCUCCCCCUUCCCAUCAGGCAGUCUUAGUAACUAGCUUCACAACUCCUGUAGUAUAUGGGUGGGAACGUAAUGCUGCCAUGAAUAAUGAUCAGAAAAAGAAAAUUACGGUAAGUAUGAAGCAAAUUUUCCUUUUUUCCUGACAUUAUUCAUGGCAGCAUUUACUCAUGGGGAAUACCCAAGCAGUAUAUAUCGAGGGAGGGACAGAGUUCAAAAACAGCCAAUAGCUAUAAAACCAUUAUUGAGCUGCAUAAACCUUAGAAGACUCUAAAAAAAGCCAAACAAGACAUCAAUAGGAUGUUGUCAUACAUUCUGCUCAGACAAGUUAAUUAACCUAGAGGCUGCAAGGUCAGCAACCUCCUGGCAUUCAAUAUCUGAAAUAUCCUCAAUAAAUAUAGUCAAAUAGGAAUUAAGGCCAUGAUAGCAUAAGUUAGAGAAGAAUAAUGCCAUUUUGAUAUAAAAUUUAAAACCAAAUUGAUGACCUCAUUAGAUCAGAACCUUGACAAAAAGGCAUAACAGAAGGUUGGAUAGACACACCAUGCUAUUAAACAUGGCGAGAAUUACACUGAGAAUCCUACAACUCUCUGGAUGUAAUUAUUAAUGACGAUUCACACUGCUUCCUCUUGCCUUGUGAACUACUUACCUGUGGAUACAGGAAAUAAAUCAAUACCUGCCUGUCAGGAAGAGGCAGAGCCUAGUAGAGAAAUAAGUGUUAUUAAAACACUGCAAUAAUGAAUAUAUACACAUAUAUAUUGCAAAAAUCAGACUCACAACAAUACCUCACACCGUGGAUGAAUUGAUACAGUAAUGCUCAGGCACAGGAGAGGUAUAAACCAAUGACAUUACUAGGCAAGGGCAAGAAGAGUCAUAUACAGAUUAGUUAAAGAAAGAAAAAAGGAGACAUCGGUAUGAACCGUAGAAUUUGUGGAAACUCCUAAAUUAUAAGUAGGACAAUCACGUCAGUACCUACAUUCAAAGAAACAUUGUAAAUAGUACAGAUUAUACCAAACAGUAUAAUCAAAUUUAUUAGAGAACGUUGUGUAACAUAAGUAGGAGAUAUGUAAUCGGCAGGAUACUAAUGAGAAGGUGGUAACCAGAGGCACAUGAUCCAUUGUGGCAACCGACACAUAAUAAGCAGGAUAGUAGAAGAUAUUCAGUUAUCCUUAUGAGAACAAACAACCGCAUACUUACUCUUACCUUAUCUUCAGAUAGCGAAGAAGUACUAUGGCAGAGCUUAUGGUGAUAAGCAGUUUUUAUUAUUCUUACCUUAUCUUCAGAUAGCGAAGAAGUACUAUGGCAGAGCUUAUGGCGAUAAGCAGUUUGUAUUAUCUGCAAGAUAUCGACACCAAUACAAGUAUAUAAUCCAUAAGUAUUAAAUCAAUGCAAUGUUAGGAGUGACCAUAACUUAUACCGAUCUAGGUACAGAGACCAUGAAAAAUAUAUCAGUCAAAUGUUUAUCAACAAGCUGCAUUACAUUAUAUUAUGUAGGAUGAAUCAACCACUUAAAGCCACACCUCGGUUGCAAAUUCCAGAUAUAGGGACCACUAGAAGAAUCCCCAUGAAUAUCAGAAGAGAGGACCGUAAUGGAGUUACCUGUUAAGGGAUUUCCUCUCUUGUUCUGAAAGCAGGUGAAUUUUACUUGAAAUAGUAAACCUGGUAGAAUGGCCUGGGGACUAGAAAGACCUUCCAGUGUCACUUAAAAUACUUGCAAUACUAAGUAUCGAAAACUUACCUGGAUCAUAUGAGCAUAAAAGAAUACAUUUAAUUGCAGAAAGGAAAUUAUAAUAAUAUUCCCUUUCACCACAAGGGAAUCUUGUCAGAAAUUUCUGAACAUUAAUUCCUUAAGAACCAAAAGCAUGCCACCCCUGACAUAUCCUAAAGGGAUUGCCAAACUCUCAGGUCCCCAAGGGAUAAAAGAGAAUACUGCAUAUAAAAAAUUAGUACAUUCUCCAAAUUAUAAAGAUUAUGCUUUAAGGAAAGGUACGCAUUUCUAAAGAAUGUUAAACCAAUUCCAGAGAACUGAGUUAAAAACUUAAUAAAAAGCAAAAACCAGACCAGAAGUAGUGAAUUCUUCAGAGUAGAAGUUUGCAGAAAAAUAAAAUGAUACUAAAGUUAAGACCAGGAGAGAAACAAGCCAAUAUGAAAAGCUUUUUAAAUCAGGUAAUAGCUUCAGAGUUACCUACUUAUGAGAACGAUUAAUAGCCCAAUUUGUGCUCCUGCAACCAGCAUGAUCUACUAAGCUGUGCAUCAGUAACAGCAUAUAUCUGAAGAUAAAACACUGCCACCAAAACAUUCCUUAUCUUGAUAAGAGAGGAGAGGAUACUUGGCAAUAGAAAAACUUCUCAGAAAUGGUCUCAUGUAUAAAUACAUAGGAGUGCACACAAAAAAGGCCUUAAUUUUGUUAAACAGUACCAUUAUCCAUUUUGGAAAUUCAGGUCUCCUUCUCUCCUGGGAGAGGCACUCAGACAGGUUCAGUAACACCUGCAAUCCAUCUGAAGUGGUAAAAAUUGUUAAUUGCUUAUCCCGAAACACCUGUGGGAGAAGGAAUCUAAUACAAAGCCAAAAGCAGUAUGUUUCCUUAUCCACUUCAUUUAAAAAAAAAACUGAAAUAGAAAAUCCACAGGAGGCAAUAAUUACUUACACAGUAUAACAGUGCAUUUGUAUUUGCUAAAAUUAGGCAGUGCUACAUUUCAGCACAAAACCCAGACCUUAGAUCAUUUGUAUACAUUAAAUCUAUCAAUGCCGUGUAUAAAUUAGGGUUAUCUAAUACUACCAACCUGCAUACAGAUUAUGUGAAUCACACACAUUGUGAAUGUUUCUAACAGCACCUUAUACACAGAUAUAUCAGUUUCAUAUACUGAGCCUGUUCAAAUAGUAAUAGCCUACCUCUGCUAUAUACAGUGACACUAUGCCUGUACACAUAUUAAGAUUAUAUGAGUGAGAUAAAUUGAGGCUGUUUUCAACAGAACUUCAUGCACAUAUUACACCACUCAUAUAUACUGAGGUUGUGACUAAUAACCCACACAAAAAAAACCCCUGUAUUAGAUUGGACUCAUAGAGGAUGUGUCUUAUAUCAUUCACAUAUAUUGUGUUUCCACUAAUACAUCAAGCAUAUAGUGAACAGAUCCACUGAAGCAAUGUCCACACCAACUUCCAUAUAGAGCAUGUUGAGACAUAUACUGAGGCUAUGUUUUCAGAGCAAAUAAAGAACACAAACUGAGCCGAGACUUCUGAUCAUCUCAUACGUAGACAAUAUAGUGGAUACAUAUACUGAGGCUGUGUCCCCAUAGUAACUCAUACACAGAGCCUAUAGUGUGUACAUAUAUUGAGGCUGUGUCCUCAUAGUAACUCAUACACAGAGCAUAAAGCGCAUACAUAAACUGAGGCUGUGUCUCCAUAGUAACUCAUACAUAUGGCCUAUAGUGGACACAUAUACUGAGGCCAUGUCCUCAUAGUAAUUCAUACACAGAGCAUAUAGUGCAUACAUAAACGGAGGCUGUGUCUCCAUAGUAACUCAUAUAUAUAUCAUAUAGUGGAUACCUAUACCGAGGCUGUGUCCUCACAGUAACUCACACAUAGAGCAUAUAGUGGGUACAUAUACUGAGGUAGCGUCCUCAUUGUAACUCAUACAUAGAGCCUAUAAUGGAUACAUAUACUGAGGCUGUUUCCAUAGAAACUCACACAUAGAGCAUAUAGUGGACACAUAUACUGAGGCUGUGUCUCAAUAGAAACUCAUACAUAUAUAUAUAUUUCAUAUAUAGGAUACUUAUACUGAGGUGGUGUACUCACAGUAACUCUUAUAUAGACCACAUAGCGGAUACAUAUACUGAGGCCGUAUCCUCCUAGUAACUCCUACAUAGAGCAUAUAGUGGAUACAUAUACUGAGGCCGUGUCCUUAUAGUAACUCAUACCUAGAGCAUUUACUGGACACACUCUGUUCAUAUGUUAGAGCAUAAAGUGAAAACACACCGAUGCUGUACCACCACCAGAUCAUGUAUGGAUACUGAGGCCCCGUGGUCUCAUAUGCAGUAUAUUCCUCCACUCUCUGGAAAAGCCUGCUUAUUUGUGAUAAUGCACAGAUAACAGCAAUCAAUGCCACAUAUCUUGAUAGGAACAAGUGUGUGUGUGGACUUUAAAAACAUAUACAUGUGAGUACUUCAGUCACCCAGGGAAGUUCUCUUACCUUGGAUAUUUCUUCAGGACUGCGAAAUUCCAGAAGACUUUAUACAGCCAGGAUAUCCAUUAUUAGCACUCUUUUUCACAAUGCCUUAUUGCAUCAUAAGCACUCUUUUGCACAAUGCCUCCUUGCAUUAUCAGCACUCUUUUGCACCAAGCAUCCUUUCAUGUAUAACUUACCUAAAUGCUCACCACACAAACCUCCUAAAUGUGACCUAUUUGUUAGAAGGAAGCCUAAUGUAAGCCGCUGGGAGGGACUGAAAGAACAGAGACCCAGGUGCCUAUACUAGCUUUAAUCUAAAUUACUAAUGCACUUACCUGAACAGCUGCAGGCCUGUGUUUCAAUGGCAAAAUGGGGAUUUGAACAACUGACAGCCUAAACUGUUUAAACUAUAGGCUUCCAUCUGUACCCCAUAUGCCGUCCAUCAUCACCAGUGGGAGGAGGUUUAACCAACCCCAUACAAGGUGGAACACCAAGAAUAGGUAUACCCAGGUAGUCACCUUAUGGAAGUGCUGUUUACUGGGUCUUCAAGGAUAAAGGCUUAGACUCAGCUGGGCCUCAUGUAUGCAGUGGACCGCUGUCAUCCCCUCAGGGAGAGAGAUAGGUCAGACUCCUGAUUGCUGAAGGAGGUACCCAGGCUGGCAACUGUUACAGAUGUGCUGUUUGCUGGGUCUUCAGGGAUAAGAGGCUGAACCCUGGCCUGGCUUCAUGUAGGCAAUAUAUCACAUUCAUCCCCUGAGUGGGUACCCAAGCUGGGCUGUUGCUGGGUCUUCAGGGAUAAGAGGCUGAACCCUGGCAUGCAGUGGACCAUUUUCAUCCCUUAAGGGAGAGGUUGGGUCCGACCCCCGGUCACUAAAGGGGGUACCCAGGUUUGCAGUAUUAACAAUAGUGCGUUGCUGGGUCUUCAGGGCUUAGAGGCUGAACCCCGGCAUGGCUACAAAAAUAUUGCCUGGUGAGCAUAAAAGAAAAUCUAGGCCUGCAUAAGCAGACUCCUUCCAAACUGCUGUGAAGGACAGGAAAAAAGACUGCCUGAUGGGAAGGGGGAGGAUCUAUUUAUACCAGUUUCAGAGUUCUAUUUCCUGUCCUUUCUGCUGUGAGGGGAGGAGCUAACCCAUGAGUAAAUGCUGCCAUGAAUAAUGUCAGGAAAAUAUAUAUAUAUAUAUAUAUAUAUAUAUAUAUAUAUAUAUAUAUAUAUAUAUAUAUAUAUAUAAAAUUGGAUGGGACGUAUUGUUCCCACCCAUGCUGGCGGGUGGGGGCCCUAAUUAAUUAUAAAAUAGGGGGUGGACAUGCCAUUGUCCACCCACCAAAUAGUAGUGGGUUUACCUCUGGGUGGCUAGGGUUCCCCAAUCCAUUGAUAAAUAAAUUUUUAUAUAUAUAUAUAUAUAUAUAUAUAUAUAUAUAUAUAUAUAUAUAUAUAUAUAUAUAUAUAUAUAUAUAAAAUCGAAAAUGUGGAAUGUUGGUUAAGUGAAGAUAUAUCAGUCCUGCUUUGCUAAAUAGCAGUCUGAGGUUUUUCGGUUAAAUGUCCCAGGGAGAAAUGUUGAUUUUGCACGAUAAAUUGCUGGUAAUCUGCAAACCGCGGUAAGGGUCCCUGGGGCAGAGUCAGUGCUCCCAACAGCACUAGUUGCUAAGUUACAGCCAGGCCAGAACCUGCAUUUGACUUAAGAGUUCCACAGAUGUGACUAAUUGAAACUAACCUGUAGCUGGUCAAUUAACAGGCAGUCUUAUAAAAGAAGGGAUGAGUCUGCUGCAUAGUAAGGGGAAAAAAAGCCAGCUAGGAGAGCUGAAGGACAGAGGAAUGGUGUUUCUUGCAAGUGUAAUUUUUUUUUUUGUUAUUGAAAAUUUGUAAGUGGGAAAGCCAACCAAUUACAGGCAGUUAUUUAUUUGUUUAGUAAGUGUUCAAGUAAGAGCAAGGACUUUUUAUUUGUUUAAUUUUAUUUAAAACACCUGUUUAUUUUCAUCAAAUAAAUCUGGAAAACUGAGCUAGAUGUGUCUUGGACUUUGAUUACCUUAGAAGGCUAUGGUUACCAUAAGAUCUGUGACAAAAUCCUACCUGGAAAAUAAGUAGUUUGUCACAAUAUAUAUAUAUAUAUAUAUAUAUAUAUAUAUAUAUAUAUAUAUAUAUAACAAAGAACUUGGAAAUGAAUAUAUGUUCUGUACAGUACCCUGGUGCAAUCUGCGUUGUAUAAAUAAUCUGAAAAAUUGGGGCGCACUCAAAGGAUUAACAAUCGAUGGAAUCAUUUAAUCAAUUAAUUAAAAUACACAAAUAAGCAGUGUCACAAUCAACGUUUUGACCCCUAAGGGUCUUUCUUGUGAUCUUAAAAUAAUCUGCAGAGAAAUCACCUUCAGCCAUCUGAAGAUCGAUCUUAUGGCUAGAAGAUACAACAGGAAGUUCAUGAGAUUUGCUUCACCCAAAUCCAUAUCUGCUAGAUAGCCUCUCAGUCCCUUGGGACUUUUAUCUUGCCUAUGUGUUUUCCCCUAUAGCUGUCAUACACAGGGUUCUGCAAAGGAUAAGAACAGACCAUGCAAUGAUAAUCACAGUCAUGCCCACAGUCAUGAUGUUGGAACUACUGGAAGUCUCUCAAAGAAAUCAUUCAAAAAUUCCUCAGAAAACAUUAUGAAGAACAGAGAUGUCUCUCAGAUUGCUCUGAAGCUGUUCAAAGUGACCGUUUGGGAGCUGCAAGGUUUAUACUGUUAGCCCAAGGGCUUAGCAUAGAAGUCAUUGAUAUUUUGGUUCAGUCUAAUAUAAAGUCUACCUGGAAGAUACACUCCAGAAUUUGGAGAACUUGUUCUUCAUGGUGCAAGAGAAACAAUGCCUCAAAUGCCUCCAAUCCUCAAGUACUGGCCUUUCUUCAAGAACGCUUCACAAAAGGCCAAAGUUAUCUCUUCUUAAAGUGAGGCCAGGCCUCUACCAUUCUCCAAUCCGGCACGCAGUUCCAGGCUGCUGAGUGGAAUGUCUCAGCUGCAAAAGAUGACUCCUGAGGGCUCCAGUACAGAGAGAGCCCCUUUAGUCCUUGGAUGCCUUGUCACCUGUCUGAUCUCCCUUCCAAAAAGCGCCAUGUUUGGUGGUCCUAGGGCCAAAUGCAACCCAGGUUUUUACUUUUGCUGGACUGCCGUAAUUCUGCGAUCCGACCUAUAGUACCAUGCAAUUACUGGGUAGGACCCUGUAGGGCACACUGUGCCUGUGAGAACCUUUAACUAGUUCCUGAUGGUUGGUUUGGUUUAUCACGCCAGAAUGCUCAGUGGGGGAGGGAUUACCACAGUGAUUUUAGUCCUUUUUGGAGAAGGUGGUGCUAGGGAGUCCUGCACCAGUCCACAGUGUCCAAGUGGUCCAUCACAACUGGUGUUGAGCUUGAAGGCAAGAUAAAUUGAUUUGUCUUUUCAGGAAGAGUGUAGGGAGGCAGCGUUAUUGAUAGCUGGGAGGAGGGUAAUAGAAGCCUGUUAUGCUCCAUAGAACAAAACAGAACAAUGCAAGACCACAAUCAUUAAAAUUAGAGAAUUAGUUCAGCACUCUUAUCAAUGAGCGCUGUCCUGCAUCAGCUGUGUUUUGCUCUGGAGCCAUCUGGUUUCUGCUGCUGGAGACGACCUGAAGCAGUGUGGGUACCCUGGUAAGUUGUCAAGCUGUGUUACAACACUUUGGUAUGUUACAAAGAGAUGGGCAACCAAGGUACACAUGGCACAAUAACCUCUGCAUCGGACUGCCAUGGUUAUGGUGCCUGGAGUGUUCUUUUAAAGUCUUAAUAAUAAUAAUCAUCCCACAAUAUGCAGAAAUAAUUUGUGCUCUUCUUUUAUGUUUAAAGGAACACAGUGCUUAUCAAACUGAAAACCCGAUCCUCCAUUCGCAGCCCGAACAUGUUAAGAUAAGAUUCAUGAAGAUAGAAAUAACAUUAUCAAUUAUAAUAUUGCAUGUGUUUGCCCCAUGACACCAUGAUAGAUUAAUUAUACCAAAUGAACCAACAAAUGCGCAGUUAUGCAGUUUGCAUUUUGUUCAAUCCACGUGCUAUGUGGCUAUCUCUCUGGGAACAAAUGGUUAAAUCUUUCCAAUUAGAAUAAACAUAUCAAUCUACUACAAUAUUUUGUACACUGAUCAGCCACAACAUUAAAACAACCUGCCUAAUCUCGUAUAGGUCCCUCUUGUGCUGCCAAAAUAGGUCUGAUGAGUCGAGUCAUGGAAUCCACAAGACAUGUUAAUGUAUCCUUUGGUAUCUGGCACCAAGAGAUUAGGAGCAGAUCCUUUAAGUUUCGCAAGUUGUAAGGUGGGAAAUCCAUGAAUUGGAUUUCUGUGUUCCCACAGAUGCUGAAUCGGAUUGAGAUAAGGGAAAUUUGGAAGCCAAGGCAAUUUGAUGGUACGUGUCAAAGAAUGCCAGAACCCAAGGUUUCCCAGUAGAAUAUUGCCCAGAGCUUAGCACUGCCUUCUUCCCAUCGUGGAUCCUGCUGCCAUCUCUACCCAGGUAAAUGACGCACACCUACUCUGCCGUCUACAUGGUGUAAACGAAAAUGUGAUUCAUCAUACCAGGCAACCUUCUUCCGUUGCUCUAUAGUCCAGGUCUGAUGCUCACGUCCCCAUAGAAGGCACUUGGUCAUCAUGGGCACUUUAACCUGUCUCCGGCUACGCUGCCUUACACACAGCAAACUGCGAUGCACUGUGUGUUCUGACACCUUUUUAUCAUGGCCAGCAUACAGUUCAGCAAUUUCAGCUACAGUAGCUCUUUUGUUUGACUGGACCAAACGGACUAGCCUUCGCUCUGCAAGUGCAUCAACAUGCCUUGGGUUCCCAUGACCCCUGACAUUGGUUCACCGGUUGUCCUUGCUUGCACCAUUUUUGGUAGGAACUAACAACUGCACACCGGGAAGACCCCAUAAGACCUGCCAUUGUUCUGACCUAGUUGUCUAGCCAUCACUCUUUGUCCUGUGUAAAAGUCACUCAGAUAUUUUUCGCUUGCCUAUUUUUCCUGCUUCCAACAGAUUAAAUUCAAGAAAUGACUGUUCACUUGCUAUCUAAUACAUCCCACCCAUUGACAGGUGCCAUUGUAAUAAUAUUAUAUUGAAUUCUUCUGUCAGUGGUUUUAAUUUUGUGGCAGAUCAUAUUUAUAAUGGUGAUUUAGGCACCCUCUGCACCAAAGAACUUAGUCUAUUGCUUUGUGGAACAUGAAGUGUACUGAGAUUUAUUUGUGUGUGGGUGGGACAAUGACAACAUUAAACAAAAAGUUCUAGAGUUUUUAGUUAGCUGCCUGUCAUUUUAAAGAAACCCCCCAAGCAGCAUAAUCAUUAUAGCGUGCUAUAGAGGUUAUAGUACCAGGAGUGCCGUGGCACUCACCCAUUGUAAGUAGUCAAACUGUUUAGUAAUGCUUCCAUUUCUUAUCUGAGGUGUGCCAGAUCCCACUCUCUACCUCUUCUCAGCAGGAAAAAACAGCUAGAAGCUCUUGUUAGGAGCUACUGUUAGAUCUCCUGAGCUUGGCCAAGUAGUGCAGGGCUAGCUCAUUGGCUGAGCUUGUCAGCUGAUCACUCUUAGCCAAUGGGCUAUGCUUUGUACUGACAGGAGGAGGCAGAAAAUGGCACCCAGUGGACCCCAGAUAAAAAGUCAAACUGUUUAUACUUGCAUUGUGGGGGUGCCAGGGAACUCCUGGCACCAUGACCACUAAAUUAGGACAGCCACUAGAGGAAGAUUUACAUUGCAGUUUUUUUUUUUAAAAAAGGACAGGAACAUUGCACCAAGACCACUUCAUGGAGAUGAUGUGGCUUGAAUUUCUUUAGUGAUCAUUACAUGCAGUCAUGGGAAAAAAAAAGUACACCCUCUUUGAAUUCUAUUAUUUUACAUAUCAGGACAUAAUAACAAGUAUCUGUUCCUUAGUAGGUCUUAAAAAUAAGUUUAUACAACUGCAGAUGAACAACAACACAUGACAUAUUACACAGUGUCAUGAUUUAUUUAACAAAAAUAAAGCCAAAAUCAAAACAGAGAAGUUCAUGGGGAGUUCAGAGGACAUCAGUACUGACAUCAGCAGAGGGAUAACCCAGCUAACACAGUACAGAGAGCUCUGUGAUAUCUAUCAUGCUUCAGCUUCUGAAACUGUGGUCACUGAGGAGGGACAUGACCAGGAUCUUUUCAAAUCCCUGGGGUCUCCCUCAUCACAGGGAUAAACUGAUUUAAAGAGCCAUUAUGUGCAGCGCUCACUUUGAGCACCGUACAUAGCAGACUGUCAGUCUGUCAACUGACAGAGGGAACCAUUAGGUCUCAAAAGAUACCUGGGGCUCCCUGUUUCAAGCUGGGUGUAGACUCAGAAUUACCAUAGAUAAAGGAGUGCUCAGCCACAGAAUGUAAAUAACUUUAAAGGGCUAUUUAAGGGCUGCAUAUAGCUCAUCUGUCAGUCUGGGGCCACUAAUGGUUCCAGCAUGGAUUUAACCCUGCUGGUACUUUUAAUGCAUAGCGGUCUUUGCCGUGGGUUAAAGCACUGCAUUGCAUGAGGGCAUAGACUGUCAUGUGGUCCUUAAGGGGUUAAACACUUAAGUUUUUUAAAAAGUGUAAGUAUUUUUUUUUUUCAAUGUGCUAGUUUAACAUAUUACUAUUUCAGUGAAACUUGACUGUUAAAGCUUUCUCCAUAUGUCUAAAAUGUUUUUAUUACCCUAAAAGAAUAUGUUGUAGGAUGACUUAAAAGAUAGUGCUUUGUAAUCUGCAGGUUUCAGUUACUGGCGCGUUCCUCAGGAACUAAUCGAAUGUUGGACCCUUGAAGAACGUCCUAUAGAAGGAAGUGAGCAGAAUAUGUCUCCAGUAAACAGAAGGUACAGCACAUUAAACAUCAUGUUAUGGAUGUAACACAAAGAAGAGAUUUGUCUGUGGUGGAAAGAAACAUUAUGGGUGGUACAAAUGUUAUAUAAAUGAAUAUAUAUCUAUAUAGGUAUAUUCAUAAUGAGAGCACUAGUACUGUAUUUAGAUAUAAAGUACUGUAUUUGGAUAUAAAGCACAAGUUGUUACUCAUCCUAAUUUUUAGUUAGCACACUCUCUUUUCGCCUUGUUUCUCUAUCCCACCUAGUUUUCUGUAAUGCCUCAUUAAACCGCAUGCUAUGAUGCACUGGAUGUUGUACCCUCUUUUCCAAGUACUACUGAAGUAAAAUUGUGUUUUUGUAGUAAGAGUGCAUUUGCAUAAAUCAUUGGUUCUCAUAUUCUUUUUUCAUACUUAAAGUUCACCUGUUAUGCUACACAUAUCUUAUUGUAAAGUAUAUUAUAGUUCUCCUGCUAUUUGGCACGGCAAAUACAGCACAUGCACUUACUCCUCUAGCCAGCACUUCUUGCAGUGGCUACUGGAGGAUAGAAAUGGAGAGUCUGAUGUCACUCCAUUCAGAUGUCUAUGUGCUGGCAAUGGAUGUCACUUCAUUAUGUGGAAGGAUUGAUUUGCUUGUCCUCCAUCUGGGCCAAUCCUGAGAGCGCACAAGCUGGACCUCGGUGGGACUGGAGGUAGUUGUUACAGUAAUGUAACACCCACAGAGUUGCAGACGAGACCGAUUGAUCCAUGAUUAGUAGGAUACAUUUCUUUGAAUGGUCAGUUGAAUAUAUAUAAUUAGUCUCUAUGGUACAUUAUACAUUCAAGGAUAACAAUUUCCACUAGCCACUGGCAGAUGAAAAUGUAGCACUGGAGAGUAGAAAUUCACUUCUGGUAUAUGUGCCAUGGACUAUACUGGCGUGCAGUGGGUAGUAAAUAUUAAAGCCUGGCUAGUAGCACAGGACGUGACAUUUUAAGCCCUAAUACAUUCAUUGACUUUGAGAUGUUGGGCCCUUCGUGAUGACAUUGUGGAUUCUAUUGAAGGUUCAUACCCUAGGUAUUUGCUUCAAAACUCUUCCAAUCACAUCCAGAAUGUGCAUUCAAAAUAGGGACAUUUAGAGGUAAGUAUUUUUUUUUCUUCCUACAGUUAUAUUUGUGUCGCUAUGCAAUUUCUAUUUACAUAGCAAUCAACUAUACAAAUAUUCAGACAUGCAUUUAAAUAUUUCAUAAUAACUGCAUUACUUUCCUACAUUUUGCUCAGAUCAGAAUCCACAUAACAUCUCAAUAAAAUGUCACUAUAAGUAGAUGUAUUUUAAUAGGGAUGUGUGGAAUAUUAAUAUAUUCACCUAUAGAUUUAUUUUAACCACUGUGCCUUGCUUUCUAGGAGAUUAAUAGACUACACACAAGAGAAUGAGGACCAGACUGCAACAUCCAAAACUGGUCCAAAACCUAUUCGAUUUUCAGGCCCAUCUACAAAUACUAAUAUUAGAAUCAAGAGCUCUGUGUCAUUGAAACCUUGUGCCCAAAGAACCAAUUCAGAGGCUUCCAAUGAUGUUAGGCUAAAAAGACCAGUAAUUGAUGGGUCACAGCAGAAAAGGACUGACCUGAAAAUUCAACGGAUUAGUAUUGAUCCUGUGUCAUCAAAUAGAAAUGAAAGCCAACGCAAUACUCUGUCAAUUGUUGACAAAGGAACCAAACUUAAAGGCAAUGUCUCUUCUCCAGAACAGACCAAAUCAAGGCGCAUAAUACGACUUAAGAGGCCAUCUCUUAGCUCAACAUCUGUGUCAGAAAAUGAAUCCACAAUAUUGGAGGAAUUACAGGUAUCAACAUCACCACCAGUAACUGAUUCGUCCUGAAAAGAGAAAUUUUUGUAUUUUCUACAGUACUACAUUUAUUAAAACAUUUGCUUAAUAAAUAUACGUAACUGGUUUAUAAAACUGAUUGUGUGGAUUUUUUUCAAAAAUAUUUUUUUUUACAGAACUUUACAACAUAACAAAAUAAAUGUACAGGGUUAUUCACUAAAGUGAGAUUUCAAAUUUAAGGUCAAAAUAGCAGCAGCUGACUAAAAUGAAUAGCCUGGAGUCUGAACUGGACUGAGUUAUAAAUAAGAGAUUUGUAAUGGUCUGUGCAAGAUGAAUAGUUUGGAAAAGAGUCAAUUUCUUCUGUCUAUGCCAAAAUUUGGCAUGAGUUGAGAACAUAAUGUUCAGAAAUCAAGGUCAUUUAUUUAUUUGCUUCAGGUUUACGCAUUUUACAAUUAGUAUAAAGCAAGGUUAUCUAGAGUGAAGACCUGGCACAUUUACAGCAUAUUUCAGCCUGACAUCCUCUUAAAUUAUUAGGCACAUUCUCCACUUAAAGGUGCUCCAUUAGAAAAUAAUUUUAUAACAUGACAGGAGGCUUCCUAUUUUGCAUUAACUCUCUUUACUAAACUCCACAGCAGUAAAGAAAAAACGUAAAGAGUAACAAAUAAAUCACUGAGCAGCAUAGUAUAUAAGGGUUAUGCUGCCUGUACACUUCCUCUUUCUUUACUGCUCCAUCGCAGACAGGUCAGAAUAUUUGCUCCCCUGGAGCUUUACACAUUUAUUGUCAUUACUUGUUUGUUUCUUUCUAUUUCCAUAUCUUAUUAUCAUUGUUUAGCCCUUUUAUUUCUAUUUACUUAUUCUGUAUUAGGGCUGUGGGACUAGGGGCUCUCUGUGGGGUUUUUUCUGCCCCUCUAUGCCUUCUGGGACCCUCCCUUGGCUUCCCCUUGGUCUCCCCAGGUUCCCCCACUGCCCCCCUACCCUGGAGUGCCCUCCUGGGCUCCCUCCUUGCGGCCGGUUUCGUUCGCGCCGGCCCGCUUCCGCCCGUGGCCGGCCUCAAAAUUUAGUCCCCGGCUUGCGGCCUACCUCGCGGCCGCCAUUUUGGAUCGCGGACAUCGCGUGUUUCUCGCGGCCAUCUUAGUUUUGCCUCGUGCAUCUCAUUAGGGGACUCAGUGUGGCUGUGCUAGCUUGCUGUUACCUCUAAAGUUGCUGUUUUUCACACCUUUUGUGUCUGACACCCCUGUGAAUGAAGGAUUACCUGCUCAAGCACUCCAUCUGCUGCUAUCAAUCUGCUACUCAGUCUCUGUGCCUCAUCUGCUUCUAUCAAGCUAUCCUGUGGCUGGGUCAGUCAGGUCAGUGCUGCUGCCUGUUUAUUAUUAUUGUGACCUGUACUUAAGGGUCCCAACCCUGUGCAACCGGGGUGAGCCCCCACUAUAAAUACGCUGCUUACUGGGAGACUAGCUGUUGCAGUUCUCUCUAACUGGGUGAGCCCCAGUUUAUAAGGUCACUACAAUACCCUGCUGGGGUUAUUCUGGGCUUGUUCCCACCAUACUUCCAAAUCUGACCCUACGCCUACCAUCAAGACCUGGGUGCCCGUUUAUUGCUGUGCCUUUCAGUGACCUAUAGGCCUACCCUGACAUGGAAGAUUCCCAGAACGUCCCUGUGGACUUCCAGGCCAUGAUUAACGCAGCUGUCGCUGCCUCUGUGGAGAAGGCACUCUCCAAGGCCCGAGCUUCGGCUCCUGACGUACCAAAACGCAUACGUCCACGCCACGAGUCGGAUUCUGAAUUGUCCGACCAUCAGGCACGGGAGGAUUCCCGCCCUAAAAAACGCCAUGACAAAGGCGAAGACUACACACCCAAACCACCUAAGGGUAAGGCACCUGCCAAGCGCAAGUCUGCCAAAUUUCACACCCCGGCCCCGCGUCAGGAGUACUCUUCAGACGAAGAGCAGGACGCCCAGUCCAUGUCAGUGCUAGAUGAGUGGCAAGCUGACGCCUCUGACUCGGACUACGACGCAUGGGGCUCGGACGAGAAAUCUGUCUCCGCUUUCAUGCGAGAGACCCUCCUGGGUGCGGCCUAGACAGGAGGUGUCGAAGACACUGCGGACGCAGAACCUCCUCUUGAUUCAGACACCAUCUUGGACCCCUCAGGCCAGGUGAUGUUCAACCCCCGCAACAUACGGCACCCCAGAUCGGGUGACUGGUCGCCUCCAGAACACCUUUCCAGGUUUAUGCACCUGUGGCUCCGCAAACCUCUGGAGAAAGAGGUCCGCAGCCGACUCAGGUCUGAAUGCCCACGCCCUUCCCUGCCGGAUAAGGUCGCUCAGACCCGGGAAUUCGACAAGGUUAUGUCAACCUUCAUGAUGCGCAGUGGUAGAGACCCUUGCCGAGGGGUAGAGAAAGGCCUAUGGGGCGCCCAGGAUAACCUGCUGGAUUCCGUAGGCCCCCUGGCUCGCAUUAUGUAUCUGGCGGAUGAUGCCUACGCCAAAGCCGACUCCUUCUCUGCCGAGGACAUCAGGGAAUGGGCACAACGGUGCUUUUGUUUCAUUGGAAACACUGUUACGCUCUCUUCGGAGAGACGAAAAGCAGCGUUAUACCGUAUUAACGGUAAAUUGGCAGACCUUGGCACAAAGGAGAUUGGGCCCCAGGCACAAGGAAAACUAUUUGGCGAACCGUUCCUCAAGGAACUCAAACACGUAAACGUGUUCACCUCCCUUAAUAAGGCGCAAUCCUCUAUGCGCAGAGUUUUCAGGAGCAACCCUACCAGAGGGGUUUUUGGAAGGGCUGGCCGGCAGCGGGGCCGUGCCGCCAGCCGCUUAUGGCCUUCAGGCCCCCGCACCCAACCAACACCGUUCUACCCGACAAGGGACUAUCGGCAGCAACCCUUUUCCAGAGGCUCGGAUAGAGGUCGUGGACCCCGUGGACGCGGACGUUCCCGCUUUGCUGCAGGUAAGGACCCAUAUUCCUCCACUGUUACCAUGCACCCGCACUGCGGGCCAUAUUUCCCUUUCUUUCCAGAAUUGGGCCGCCCUAUGCUCAGACACAUGGAUCCUACAAACAGUACAGGGAUAUAUCAUAGACCUAGUGGGGACCCCCUUUCAGGUUCAGCCCCAUCCACAUGUCGUCCUCAGACCACAACCUCGUCAACGCGGAGCUACGCGAGCUCCGAGACAAAGGGGCCAUCCAACCGGCCCACGACGGGGGUGGUUACUUCAGCAACAUCUUCCUGGUUCGGAAAAAGUCGGGAGAAUACCGACCGGUCAUCAAUCUACGCGCCCUCAACGCACGUGGUCUAUCGCCACUUAAAGAUGGAGGGCAUCCACCUCCUGCGAGACCUUCUUCGAAGCAACGACUGGUUCACCAGGCUCGAUUUGAAAGAUGCAUAUCUGUCAGUCCCGGUGCACCCGGACUGUCGAGCACUGCUACGUUUCCUCUGGCACGGACGCCCUUGGCAAUUCACUUGCCUCCCUUUCGGGCUCAGCUCAGCCCCAUGGUGCUUCACCAAGCUUCUAAAACCAGUGGUGGCCCACCUGAGAUCCAGGGGCAUUCGAUGCAUCAUCUACUUAGACGACCUUCUUCUCUUCUGCUCCGACGAACACAGACUAUGCUAACACACUCACUUGGCAGUGUCCCUACUGGAAUCUCUGGGUUUCGUGGUGAACCAACCGAAAUCGGAGCUGACCCCUACUCAGACGAUACAGUUCCUCGGCUUCGAGAUCGACUCAACGACAUGCACUCUGAGACUACCAGCCUCAAAGAUCACAGCCAUUCGCAAUGAGAUUCGCAGGGUUCUCCGUCUCGACUCCAUUCCACUACGCAACCUGGCCAGGAUUGUAGGACUCCUCUCUGCUUCCAUUCAAGCCAUAUUUCCGGGUCCCCUCCACUACAGGGCCAUGCAACGUCUCAAGGCGAAAUACCUACGCCACAGACCUACUUACGACCAACCCGUCCUGUUGACGACGGAGGUUCGCGAAGAACUAUCAUGGUGGCUGGACAGCAUGCAAGCCUGGAACGGCAAGACCAUAUUCGGAGACACCCCAGACUUCGUAUUGGAAUCAGACGCCAGCCUGUGGGGAUGGGGUGCCACCGACGGAACCAUCUCCACGGGAGGAACAUGGACGGCACAGGAGCUCUCCAUGCACAUCAAUUGCCUCGAACUCCUGGCGGGAUCCUUCGCGAUCCGCAGCCUGGCCCGGGAAAGAUCCAACUGCUGCAUCCUCCUGCGCAUGGACAAUGUCUCCACAGUCCAGUACAUCAACCGUCUGGGAGGCGCUCGCUCACGCCUGCUGUUGGAUAUCACAAGGGACAUCUUCGACUAUUGCCUCCCUCGCAACAUCACGCUUCAGGCGGAAUACUUACCGGGAGAAAUCAAACUCACAGCCGACUGGUUCUCUCGCCACUGGAGAGACGUCAGCGACUGGAAGCUAAACACGAGAAUCUUCAGGGCCCUGACAGCCCGGAGGGGUCCCUUUCAGCUGGAUCUGUUUGCCUCUUGCAACAAUCACCAGACCCCGGAGUUCUUCAGCUGGCUCCCGGACCUGGAGAGCAAGGCGACAGACGCAUUUCUCCAACAAUGGCCGACGACAGGAGCCUACGCCUUUCCCCCAUUCUCCAUGAUUGCGAGAACACUACACCAGAUGCGGACGCAACAGAUCAAACUGGUUGUCAUAGCGCCCUUGUGGCAGAGCCAACCAUGGUUCCCGGACCUCCUGGCCUCCUCCUACAGGGACCCUCUCCUCCUACCAUCCUUCCCGGACCUGCUCACGGAUCCCAAAGGGUAUCUCCACCCACUACUCCUGGAAGACCGGCUACCCCUGGUGGCUUGGUCUCUUUCCGGGGUUCCUGGCGAGUCAGCGGACUAUCGCAGGCUGCUAGGGACCUCUUAUGGGACUCAUGGGCCCCGGGAACUAGACGCUGUUACCUUUCAGCCUGGGCCUCCUGGUCUACUUGGUGCAUGGAACGGGACUCCGAUCCCUUUACAGCACCUAUUCCCAUGAUUCUUAAUUUUCUUUCCUCCUUGUUUUCAUCUGGCCGCUCUUACCGUUCGGUCAACGUCGUUCGCUCCGCGAUUUCUGCGGCUCACACCCCCAUCGGGGAUCUCCCGGUCGGCAAAGACCCUCUGGUCUGCCGUCUACUCCGUGGUAUGCGGCUCCGCCGCCCCCCGGCCCCCAGGUACCCUCUCCUAUGGGAUGUAGGACUGGUUCUCAGUUUUUUCAGGGAUUGGCUUCCGAAUGACCGCCUCUCCCUACGCCAACUAUCCGCUAAGUGCGCUUUUCUCCUUUGCCUAGUAUCUUUCCAACGGGUUUCGGACGUUCGGGCCUUCGACGUGGACGCUUUCGAGGUGGCCCCGGAAGGGGUCACGUUCCACAUUUCCCGUCGCACUAAGUCGGGUUCGACUUCGGUCUUCUACCCCUUUUUCCCCGACGACCCGCAACUCUGUGUCGUGUCCACCCUUCGCAGGUAUGUUUCCGUUACCUCCUCACUCCGAUCCUCUACGUCGGGCCAACUCCUAGUCUCCUACGUGCGCCCUCACGCCCCAGUCUCGGUCACCACACUGGCCUGAUGGAUCCGCUGGAUCCUUUCCCUCGCAGGUAUAGACCCCGCAUUCGACGCCCACUCCAUUCGCGGAGCGGCGGCGUCGUCAUCAGCCUUCCUGGCAGGGGCGUCCCUUUCGGAUAUUCUCCGAACGGCAGACUGGUCUAGGGAAUCCACUUUCCGCACAUUUUACUUUCGCACUCCCCCUUCUACUGGGAUGUCUCUUCUUCAGCGUUAAAAUUGCAAAAUAGGAAGCCUCCUGUCAUGUUAUAAAAUUGAAGAUUAUGCUAGCUUUAGUGUACUAAUAAUCUUAAUUUUAAUAAGGACAGGAGGCGAGUAUUUUCCCUCCCUUUUGUUCCCUACCCUGACUCCUCGGGGGAGUGGAUCUUAAGGUGACGGAUUUUGGGAUUCAUGUUAAUAGUUACUCUAUCUUCUGGACAUAUUCGGUAUCCCUUCCAUCUCUAUCCCCUGUGUUUCCACCUAGACGGACAGUUUAGUUGUACAACAUGCUUACACCUAACACAUAUUUAGCCUAUGGCCAGCUUACAAUCUGUCUGUACUGUUUAAUUUACACCAUUCUGUUAAAGCCCACAGGCGUGAACAGUUACGGUUCAGUACCUAACCGAUUUUAUACUCUCCUUUCAGUGUAACCCUCUUCAGGACCUCCACUGGUCGCUGGUUCGUUAA